UUGGAUAGAAGAAGUCGAAAAGCGCAAAAUGAUGGAGUUCGACUUGGCCCCACGAGUUUUAGUGGGAAACAAGGUUGAUUUGUUAGAUCAACGGGCUGUUGAGACUUCUGUGGCACAAGAAUUUGCGGAAGAGCACGGAAUGAUUUACAUGGAAACAUCAGCUAAGGUUUCCAUCAAUGUCGAGGAACUUAUUUUCAUGCUGGUCAAGCGUAUAUUGAAGAGUAG